CGACACGACCACGCUCCAGUGUAGACUUAUGACGCGACGAUACGGUCACCGCACGUGUCGUUCGGUGGUACCCCGUGUGAUACGAGAGUGAGUGCGUACCGUGACAGUUCUCCAUGGGGAUGCCCCGACUUUGACAGUUCCGUCGUUCGAAACAUGUUCGCGCGCGCCGUGACGGUGAUCACGGAGACUGUUCGCGAGUUUACCGAUGGGUGACGCUGCGUCGAUGACAUCCGUGAGAGAAGAUCACUGACGGGGAUUUUGAAUACUCGCGGGACUGGGUGACGAUCGUGGCUCCCGUGUGGUUGAAUGACAGGUGAAGAGAGCCGCAACCAUCGCGAUAGCAGCGACGAUAACCGCGGUGUUAACGAACUCGAGGGGUAGUUACCAGUGCUUAGGUGACCGUGCUUGACUGGGAUACACUCGUGUCCGGAGGUAUCUGUGCGCGUUAUCAGUGUAGUGUUGUAAUAUACCGUGGAUACCCGAGGAUAGUAGGAACAGGAUCGAUUCUAAAUAAGGACGUUUCGCGGAUGUCGGAGCGAUAGACACGUCGUGAAGUCGACUCGUGGUCGGUGAGGAACUUCCGGCAACGAGGAUUCGUUAGUGAUAAAGGAACCCAGCAGUCGACCACGUUGGAUCUCGCGGCGUUGGCUGCUUACGGGGGCGUUUCGGGACCCAGGGUCGCGGUGGCGGGCACCGGGGUCCUCGCGCUACCCGGCCUGAUAUCCGACAAGGGUUUAUCAUCGCCCGGAGGUCAGUCGAAAACCAAGUCCGCAGGGCUGGCGGGCCUCGACAGCGAGGCGGUGCGCCGGUGGGUCGCCGAGGCAACGCGUACCGUCCGGCAGAUUCCGCCUCCGGUUGUCGUGCCAUCGAGCUCGCAUCAUCAUCACCAACAGCAGCCACAACAACAACAACAACAACAUCAGCAACAUAGACAGCAGCAUCAUCAUUCCAGUCAACGACAACGCCAGGAGCCCAGCCCACCCUCGGUGGGGGCCUCCUCUUUCGUUUUGCCGUCGCCGAUGACGCAGACCCCCAGCAUGCAUCUGCUGGAGAACAACAACCUGGUGGAGGUUGCGAUGGCCCAGCAGCAGCAUCAGUCUCAACAGCAGAUGCAGCAGCACAAACAGAAACAGACCAGCCCGACGAACAAUAACACGAUCGAGGCAUGGAGAUCCAUCCAGGGUGGACACCAAUGGUGGAGUCCGCCCAGCAGUGUCCAUCAGGAGCAACAGCAAGUGUCGCCCAUCGGCCAGCAAAGUCUGGUAGCCGGUUCCGUGUGUGGACAGGUGCAAAGACAGUCGUCGCAGAUCCAAUCGGAGAUCGAUCAACCGCUGGACUUUUCGGUCGGUUCUCUUCAGCAGCAGAGGCUGCACUCGCGCGUAAGGACUAUCCACGAGAGGCUCCAGAGCAGGAUGCACGACAACAACAACGGCACGGGUGUGCAGAAGAUCGCACGGGGCGCCGGUAGCAGGAGAAGCUACAGCCCCAGCGAGGGUAGCAGCAGCAGCAGCGAGGACGAAGGAGUCUCCACCGGUGGCAGCCCUUCGGGACCUCUUCGCGGCACCGAGAACGACUCGUGCGAGCCCGUUGCGGACCGACCUUACGGUAAAGUUUGGAUAGGCGAUAACGAGGUCGCGUGGCGGACCGAAUCCUUCAAGAGGACCUCACCUCUGAAUCCCUGCGCCACCACGACUACCACGACGACGACAGGUGGCGGAACACCGGCACACCCCCACAUGUCACCACCCACAGCCGCCCCCGUGACCACGCCUGAUCAUAGAAGCCCCAGCAACCUCCACGUUAAACUUGGAAUUUCACCUGCCAGCGACGCGCUCGGCCGAAUCGAUAAGGAGCCAGCCUCGCCAGAAUCCAUACAAGACGCGGAUCUCCAUGGCGAGGUGGACGGGCCAGAACUCAGCGGGGAUGACAGAAGCAUCGCCAGUGACAUCCACGAUGCCACCGAAGCGAACCUUGACCAUGACUCCAUGGACUCGGACAGGGAAGCCCUCAAUCUGGUCACAGACGUGUCGCAUCGCAACAGCAGCAGCGGUACCAGCGGCAGCGCCUCGUCGCCCAGUUCCGGGGUGAGCAGCCAAAUAACAGGUAGUCACCAGCAACAGCAACACACGGCCAGCCAGCAGAACAGCAACAGCUCGCAAGCGGCGUUGGCUGCACAACUGGUUGGCCAGCAGUUGCUGAUGCACGGCUCGUUGGGCGCUCUGGGGCCCCAAGAGAUCCAAGCUCUGGCCUCGAUGCUCCAGCCGCAGCAACAAUCGCUGCAGCAACACUUGCAGCAGUUGGCCAUGUUUCAGCAGGCCAAUCCCGCCGCGGCAGGUCAGGCGCAGUUCUUCCUGCAGAAUCAGGUGCAAGCAGUGGCACAGGCAGCUCAGCAAUUGCAAGCCCUGCAGAAGCAGCAGGCUCUUCAGGGCGGUGGAGGUCUCGUCGGUCGAAGUUUAGCGCAACAAAGGUCGCCACCGCCUCCUGGCACGCCGCCAGCAGUGAAACAACCGCCCACCAGACUGGAACCUUCGCCAGAAGAGACGACGGACCUCGAGGAACUCGAGCAGUUCGCCAAGACCUUCAAGCAGAGGCGGAUCAAGCUUGGAUUCACUCAAGGCGACGUUGGCCUCGCCAUGGGGAAACUCUACGGCAACGACUUCUCCCAGACGACGAUCUCCAGGUUCGAGGCGCUGAACCUUUCCUUCAAGAACAUGUGCAAACUGAAGCCCCUUCUGCAGAAAUGGCUGGAGGACGCCGAUAAUUCCCUGAAUAACCCGAAUUCCCUUUCAAACCCACUCACCACGCCGGAAGCCAUCGGCAGGCGGCGGAAGAAGAGGACCUCGAUAGAGACCAGCGUCAGAGUGGCGCUGGAAAAGGCGUUCGUGCAAAACCCGAAACCCACCUCGGAGGAAAUCACCAUAUUGGCCGACAGCCUGGCGAUGGAGAAGGAAGUCGUUCGGGUGUGGUUUUGCAAUAGACGGCAGAAAGAGAAGAGGAUCAAUCCGCCGACAGCGGCGAUGGGCAGCCCGACGAUGGCGUCUCCUGCCCCGUCGGUGUUCGCAUCCCUGGCGAGUUCGAUGUCUGGCAGUCCUCUUGCAUUGACGACGCAUUCCUCGGGGAUGGGCCACCCCCAUUCUCACCCCGCGCCCCUCGGCUCGCCGUUACCUUUGGCCCUGGUGGCAUCGGCAGGUGGAAACUACCAUCCGUUGAGCGGCAAGUCCCACGAGUGACACCAGCAGCCGACCCAUCCCGGGGAGGCUCUAUUUCAUCAGCAUCAUCACCAGCAACCGCAUCAGCAGCAACAGCAGCAACGACGUUUGUGCAAUCUACCUGAGUUCUAUCACUAAUCACCGCCAGGUGGUCUGUCUGCGGAUGGCAAUGACGUGUCACUGGUGGUCACACAGCGUCAACGAUUCGAGGGGAUCGGGAUCAUCGAAUCCGCCGAAUGGAAUUUGGCGCGAAACGGACGAACGCGGAUGAUCGUCGCGGAAGGGGAUAAAGCAAUAGUCAGCUUUUUGGGAGUGGAAGAGACGACGAAGACGCCGUACCUAACGGCACGAUCGCGAUACGAUACGACACACAUAUCCUGGCGACGAGGUCUCGCUUCGAAAGGACUUGACGAUGGAACGAGGCACCGAUCGGUCCUCGAUGAGAGAGAACGCUGAAGGAACGAUAUCGUGGGCUGUCUUCUGCGUUGUUCGGAGCGAGGCGUAACCUCGGAGUAUACGAAGCACGCGGGGAUGCUGAACGUCGACGAAAGACUUUUAGACAAUUGCUUGUUUCGACUUAGGAAAUUCGGUAUCGCGAACUGCGGCCCAAAGACGCGUCUAGAGAACAUAGAUUGUCGGUAUUUCGUUAAGUUUCACGGUUUUUUCUCAGUAUUAUGCGUUUCUUCGGUUGUUAACGUUGGCUUGAAUCGUAGGACGUCGCGAGUCGUCUUCUCGUGCACUCGAAACGAAGCUUUCAAAGUCGACCGCCGGUUCGAGGCUCUAGUUCCCAAGUUCGCAACUUUCUGUUUCCUUUGAAUUUAAUAUUUGCACCGAUCGUUGAAUGAUUGGUUCUUUCCGUUGUAUCAACGGAGAAGAAAAGAUUGCUAACGAGAUCGUUGGAAGUCGUUGCAAGAGACCUUGAGCGAUUUGAAUUACAUGAGAAACAUCAAGGUACAGCGACUCACUGUCCUUGUUAUUGUAAUCGUUUGGCACAAUUAUAAUUGUUGCGAAUGAUCCCCAUUAACCUUGUCGAUUAUCGUAUUGCGAGUCCCCUUAUAAGUAUUACUAUCGUGUGGUAUAAUUACAGGGAUCGAAGCUCCGUUUUGAGACCGAAGCGGCUAACUUCGUUUCAAGCGUCUUCCGUUUACGAACGUUUCCAACAACGGUGGAGUUCCUGAGUUGACUUUGUAGCUAAAAGAGACUUUGGAGGCUUUGUUCUCGCGUACACGUUGUACACCGUUUACCUACAAGGAGCAAUUAACAACACGAAUGCAGCCGGCCACGGUCCGCCAUAAAACAAGGCCCUCGAUCGGCUUCCCCGAGUUAUCAUUUGAAUUAUCAUGAAAUAUUUAUCAAGAGGGGAACCGUUCGACGAUACACAUGUAAUUAUCGACUGGUUUCCCUCCCGAGUCGUUUUGCUUCUCCUUUUGCCCGUCGAAACGACUUCCACAUCGAACCGUAUUAAAUUUUAAACGACCCAAAGCGAUCUCGAGUAAUCCUCCUCGGCGUUGGUGACCGCGAACUUCGAAAUCGUUGAGGAAGGAACUUUGACGGGAGUACGGAUAAGAAUUCUUAACCGUUCGCGUUCGUGUUCGAACGAGUCGCAGGGAAGCACGAACACCUCGAGCCAACGCGACCGACGAGAAUAUUCAUCGUGUCGCGAUCGAGAGGAUGUUGGACUCUUCGAGGUUACUCGACUCUCUCCGUGGUAAGCAGGGUUUACGUACGAGGAAGCGUUCGCUAUUUCAAGAUCGAGAGCUCGCCCUCUGCUGAAGCUGAGAUGGGCAGAGUUUGCGUCCAAACAAAACUUGGGACGAUGAAUGAAGGUUAACGCUGUUUUUUUUUUGUUCGUUGUUCGAAUUAUCGAAUUAAAUAUUUCGCAAGGACCAUAUGAAGAUUGAACUAUUCGAUCCAAUAAACGUUACGUAUUAUUCAAAUGAAAUUUUGUUUAUUUCUGACAGAAGGUCGCUGCGAGAUUGUACUGGUUGAUUUUUGGUAGAAACACGCGGGCGAAUUUAUCGAAGCUUGACCAUUCACUGCCACGAAGAACACGAAACGUAUAUGUUGAGUACUCCGAUAUUUAACAUUUUAGUUUGAUAUUUUGGGUGGAAAUUGACGGUUCCAUUUUGCCAGAGACUCUUGGGAUUAUCGAAUCAUCCAGUUUUCUUUUCGAGAUUGAAUGUUGCGGACGAGCUUUCGAUUUUCAAAACACAAGCAACGCUGCCUCGUCGGUGGUGAAAAAAUGCGGCGAGGUCCGACAAUACGUUUUGUACAUAAUUACGCAUACGUUUGCGUGUCUGUCGCAGCGUCAUACAUAUCCGUGCCCCGAGUCUGUAUAUAUUUAAAUUGUACGAGCGUAAAUUUGGUGAAAUUUACAAGAAUGCGACGGUUGACUCGUUCUUCCUAAUCCAUGAUCGCUUGACGUUCGAAGGUCUGAGAAUCUUAGUGAAUUAAAAAAUAAACAAUUGAUCCACACUCUUUGUUUAAUAUAAGAAAUGAUUCUACGAGCAAUUAAAACUCAACAUAGCAGAGGAAUACACAGCUGAGUUUUUUCUAGGCACCAAAUCAAAAUCGCGAUCUUCCCAAAAAUUCUCAGUCACAUUUAUCGGUUCCAAAUAAAAGUAUCGUCACCUAGAAACGUUAAUACAAAAGAAAUGAACAAAACUUAGACCGUAAACAUUACGAGUCUAACGCUGUGCGACUAACAUGCUAACUCGGUAACAAUAAACUUCCAACAAUUUUAUCUCUGUCAAUUUUUAAGUUAGAUCACUCAAAAUUUCGACGUAUACUUGUGGAACACCUUGAAUCGCAGGUGCAAAUUUUCAGAUUAAUAGCGUGGGUAGUUUUCGCGAAGUAAAAUCGCGAAUGCAAUAGUGAUACGAUGUUCGGGUGAUUUCAAUGCGUGGUUGAGUCGCAUAGUCACGCUCAUAGUGUUCAGAAGUGAUUUCGUUUAGGUGAACGAGUUAGCGUUCGUAUUCUUGGCGGAUGUCAUUGGUCCGACACGAGGGUCUUGUAGAUACCUGUAUGUGCAUAUGCCUAUGGUACGUACCGGGUGAACAGAAUUUUAUCAUCUUAAUCAUUUCUGCAACUAUUGGAAAUAAUCAAAUCACUCCUAUUUCUGAAACUUCGGUUUAGCGAGACUUAGAAACUAUGUAUAGUACAUUUUUUGUAAGUUUAUCUUCUUCAAGUUUUCAAGGUCAACUUCUUCUGUCUUUUACGGGUGGCUAUCUUUUUUUGUGACAGAGAAAUUAAUUCUGAGAGAAAAAGUAUGAAGGUAUAUCCAUUCCAAAACUAACAUUUUCGAUUCAUUACCUCGAAUGUUACAGAAACAUUGUUAGAACAGAGUUCCAAUUCUAUUGUAGUCGCUGUGCAUUGUUAGAAAAUCAAGUUGACUUUAGAAGCUUGAGAGUCACUUUGAUUCCGAUUAUCAAGAAAAAAUUCGAUCAAGUUUCACUGUUCACCCAGUGUACACCCGCUACACCCAAAUAAUUAUACAUACAUAUAGGCGCGUAUACGUUUACUCGAGUCGAUUGAACGCGCUCGUGAUUCGAGAGUUCGCGCCCUCCCCGCUAUUUUUUAAUGACACAUUCGUUUCCCAUUGUGAAUUUUUGAUAUCGAGAGGCCGAAGACGCGCGCUCGAGGUGAGAACUCUCGUUCCGGCGCGCAAAAAUCGACUGCCUCGAGGUUGGUGAACACCCGGUGACUAAUUAUGAUUAGGGCUAUGAUUUUUGGACGAGAAACGUCGAGUGACAGAGAAGAGACGUUCACUAAGGGCCGUACACAUAAAAAUUAUAUCGUAAUCGCCGUAUGCUAAGUCGUGGAUAUACCUAUAAAUAUAUUAUAUUAUAUAUAUACAUGUGCGUAUGCGCGUACACGGAAGAAGAAGCGCGAAAUGUGAGCACGUGCGUCGGGUUAUACAUAUGCAUGUAUAAAUAUACAUACUAUACAUAAAUGUAUAAAGUAAACGCGGUGUAAAUAAUAUGGGAGAAUCGAUAGGGAGCGGCGAUUAGCGGAAACCGCGGCGGAUUUAUUCAUCGUAGCGAUUCGUUUCUUAUUAUGACGUCAGUUAUUAUUAAGUACUCUUAAUCGUAGGAAUCAGUGAGCGUUGCAGACGUGUCGAGAUAUGGAAGUCGAAGGGUUGGGGAUGCCGAACGAAUAAUCGCUUGUUCAUUUUGAGACUCAAAGACAGCUAAAUUUUUACUAAUAUUCACAGUAAAGGAUGAUAAUUUUGAAAUUUCAAACAAGCUAGUAGAUAUAUAUUUAUUUCACAAUUGUAUUUAUCCAAACAAAAAUGUAUUAUUGAAAACAAAAGGGAUUUUUAAUAUUUGAGAAUGUUUAUGGACGAACUGCAGGAUGAUAAAAGCUACAAUUAAAUUUUUUGAAUUAAUACAUAAAAAAGAAUUUACUAAAGGUAUCAUGAGAAAUAUAUUACAAGAGAUAGUUACAUCCUUUUGUGUAAUAAUUUCGCAAAUUCUUUUCUUACAUGUUUAUUUAGUAGGUUUGAUGGUAACAUUCAUAAGUUUUGAAUAUGAUUAAAAUAGAAACAGUCGAAACUUACAUGUACAUUAAAUAAUAGUUUAUUAUUAUUAUUAUUCAAUUCUUCCAUGCUAAUUUCGCUCAUAAUCUAUUUUUUUAUAAUGUGUAAAAAUGCUCCAUUUGGCUUUCCAGCCCUUCGAUCUCGUUAUCGACAACGUCAGCGCAUCUCAGCCGUGUAUAUUUGUUGCGAAAUUCGUUUUUUAAAUUGUAUAUACACAUAUAUAUGGCGUCGAACGUUAAUCACAAGUGUAUGCACAUCUGCCAACGUAUGUAUGUAUAUAUAUAUAUAUAUUAUUGAUAUUAUAUUAUAUGUAAUUUUCUACGGGAGUGACGUCGACGCGACAUGAUAUAUUACAAUAUAUUUUGCGAUAUUUUAAUAUAUUCUGCUCGCGCGAUUAUAUAUAAUAUAAUACAUGUAUGUAUGUAUGUAUGUAUGUAUGUAUGUAAACGCGUACGAGACGAGAUCUCGUAUCGAUCACGCGCGUCCUUUCGUUCUUAAUCACCCACAAGCGUUAUCAUCCCCUCUCCCUCGAGUUUCCCGAUCCUACUGCCGCCAACUGAAUCCAGUCCAUCGUCCUCUCAUGCAACGUACAUCGUUUGAUUUCUAACCAUUAACUUCCAGAGUCGUGGACCAAGCUGUAGUGAAACAAAAGUGCGAAUGUGAUCAAGUGAGAGAGUGAGAGAAAACGCGAGAGAGAAAUUUGACGACGAAAAGAAAUACGAUAUACAAGAAAGAGUUCCUAGAGCACCCGUUUCGAGUGCGUUAGACGUUUUAUAAACUUAAUGGUGAACGGGUGGGAGACGAUAGAUGCGAGAGAAAUCGUUAGAGCGGAGAACAUGAUUUGAAAACGAAGCGAGAGUGAGUGAUAGCGAUAAAGGGACAAUUCUGCGUUUUCCUAAUCUUCCCUUUCAUUUCGUUUUUCUUUUUUUUUGUUUUCUUCUCGUUCGUCGGAGGUGUGUAACGUUGUAGAUAAAAUGAGAAAAAUUAGAAUCGAUAACUCGCCCCCUAACCCCCUCCCUCUGAUCGACGUGUCAUUGGUUCAUUUUUUUUUCUUGCGAGCCUCGACGAGCCGGCGCAUUCCGCGUGCGAAUAGACACAUUAAUUACAGUGAUUAUUAUUAUUAUUAUUAUUAUUAUUAUUAUUAUUAUUAAUUAUUAUUAUUAUUAAUUAUUAUUAUAUUAUUAUUAUUUCAUUAUAUUUUAACUUUUAUUAAUUAAAAAUAAAAGUGCUAGACAGACUUUA